AUGGAGGGAAGGGAAUCGAAUCGACUCGAAUCGGUUCGAAUCGGUUCGAAUCGGUUCGAAUCGGUUCGAAUCGGUUCGAAUCGGUUCGAAUCGGUUCGAAUCGGUUCGAAUCGGUUCGAAUCGGUUCGAAUCGACUCGAAUCGGUUCGAAUCGGUUCGAAUCGGUUCGAAUCGACUCGAAUCGGUUCGAAUCGACUCGAAUCGGAUCGAAUCAAGCGGGUAGCUAACAAGAGUCAAGCGGGUAGCUAACAAAAAUUUUUUAAAAAAAGUUACAGAUUUGGACAAAUCCAAAAAUGUAAAAAAAGCUUAGUAAGCCACCCAGAAGCAACUUUAAAGCUAAAAAAAUUGAAAGAAAAUUUUUAACACUGUUAAAAAAGGCUUAGGCUUAGUAACCACCCAGAAGUAACUGUGAAGGCGAAAACCCCAAUUUUUCAUUCCAGAUUUUUAUUAAAAAUUUAAAAAAAAUGGAGGGAAGGGAAUCGAAUCGACUCGAAUCGGUUCGAAUCGGUUCGAAUCGGUUCGAAUCGACUCGAAUCGGAUCGAAUCAAGCGGGUAGCUAACAAUCGACUCGGUUCGAAUCGGUUCGAAUCGGUUCGAAUCGGUUCGAAUCGAUUCGAAUCGGUUCGAAUCGGUUCGAAUCGGUUCGAAUCGGUUCGAAUCGAUUCGAAUCGAUUCGAAUCGGUUCGAAUCGGUUCGAAUCGACUCGAAUCGACUCGAAUCGGUUCGAAUCGACUCGAAUCGACUCGAAGCUUUUUUUACAUUUUUGGAUUUGUCCAAAUCUGUAACUUUUUUUAAUCGGAUCGAAUCAAGCGGGUUAGCUACCCGCUUGACUCUUGUUAGCUACCUGAAUCGGUUCGAAUCGGUUCGAAUCGGAUUCGAAUCGAUUCGAAUCGAUUCGAAUCGAUUCGAAUCGAUUCGAAUCGAUUCGAAUCGAUUCGAAUCGACUCGAAUCGAUUUCGAAUCGACUCGAAUCGGAAAAGUUACAGAUUUGGACAAAUCCAAAAAUGUAAAAAAAAGCUUAGUAAGCCACCCAGAAGCAACUUUAAAGCUAAAAAAAUUGAAAGAAAAUUUUUAACACUGUUAAAAAAGGCUUAGGCUUAGUAACCACCCAGAAGUAACUGUGAAGGCGAAAACCCCAAUUUUUCAUUCCAGAUUUUUAUUAAAAAUUUAAAAAAAAUGGAGGGAAGGGAAUCGAAUCGACUCGAAUCGGUUCGAAUCGACUCGAAUCGGAUCGAAUCAAGCGGGUAGCUAACAAUCGACUCGGUUCGAAUCGGUUCGAAUCGGUUCGAAUCGGUUCGAAUCGGUUCGAAUCGGUUCGAAUCGACUCGAAUCGAUUCGAAUCGGUUCGAAUCGGUUCGAAUCGACUCGAAUCGGUUCGAAUCGACUCGAAUCGGAUCGAAUCAAGCGGGUAG